GGAGGUCGUGGAGGGCGCAAAAGUGCAUCGGCGGUAUCAGUUAAUGUGCCAGCUACGCAGGGAUUUACGCCCGACCCGAAACCUUUCGCUUGCAAUUUGUGUGGUGCAAAGUACAAGAGUCGUCCGGGUCUGAAUUAUCAUCGAGCUCACGUACACGCAGACAACGUCAGUCCGUCAACAACUCCGCAACCUGCAGCACACCUGCUGUCGCCGAGCAUCGAUGUAUCCACGGUUUGCGACCUAUGCCUUGGUGAUUGCCAUCAAAAUAAAAAAACAAUGGUGCCCGAGCAGCUUUGCUGUCGCCGAGCAUCGAUGUAUCCACGGUUUGCGACCUAUGCCUUGGUGACUGCCAUCAGAAUAAAAAAACAAUGGUGCCCGAGCAGCUUGUCAGCUGCCAUGACUGCGGACGAUCAGCUUCUCAGUACCUCUGAUAAUGUGUUUAUAGGUCAUCCAAGCUGCCUCAAAUUUACCGAGAACAUGCUCACAUCCACCAGCAAGUAUGGCUGGCAAUGCAUCGAGUGCAAGAGCUGUGCAAUUUGUGGAUUUUCUGAUAACGAUGAUCAGCUUCUUUUCUGCGAUGACUGUGACCGCGGAUUUCACUUAUACUGCUUACAACCGCGCCUUUCAAGGGCACCGGAAGGGGAGUGGAGUUGCUGUCUGUGCCAGAAGGAGUUUGGUGCAAAGGCAUCGCUACCAUCUGCAGUAUUCAAAAAAUAAGA